AUGGCCGUGACAGCCCCUCCGCCCGCAGACGCGGUGCUGCCCCCAGGCACGCUACGCUUGGUGGAAACGCAGACCGAUGGCAUCAUCCUCGUCCCCAGGCCCUCAUCUGCCCCAGACGACCCGCUCAACUGGGCCCCGAGGCGCAAGUGGCUCAAUGUUGGUCUGGUGCUUUUCUACGUGUUCACCACCGGCAUUGGCGGCACGUCCGUGUAUUCGGUGCUGACGCCCAUCUCCGAAGACACCGGCAUCACCAUUGGCCAGCUCAACACCGGAACCGGCUUUCUUUUUCUAAUGGCCGGCUGGACCAAUCUUAUCUGGCAGCCGCUGGCCCUGACCUUUGGGAGGCGCCCUAUCAUCUUGCUGAGCCUGCUGUUCUGCGUCGCCGUGUCCGAGUGGACUGCCUGGAUCGACCGCUAUUCCCCUUGGGCUGCUGCACGCUGUCUGUAUGGCUUCGCCUGUGCGCCCGUCGAGGUGCUGCCGGAGAUAUGUAUCCCCGACGUGUUUUUCGCCCAUGAGCGCGGCACCUACAUCGGCUGGUAUAUGCUGGUGCUGUGUGCAAGCAACUUCAUUGCCCCGCUAAUUGCCGGCUUCAUGAACGAUGCCUACGGGUGGCACUGGGUGCAGCACUGGGCUGCCCUCAUCCUGGCCUUGAACUUUGUCUUGGCGUUCUUCUUUUAUGAGGAAUCAAUGUAUACUCGCGAAAAUGUCGAAGUUGAGAAGAUCGACGAGGUCCCGGACACGUCAAAAGUCCCACUUAGUCAGGUGCAGCCAUCGGGCGUAGCCUCUUCUAGCCAAAAGACCUUUUUGCAAAAAAUGAAGCUGUGGUCGUAUACCCGGGUUUCCUCUUCCCAGGUCUUGCGCAUGGCCUAUCGGCCAAUUCUAAUUUUCUUUCUUUUCCCGAACAUAAUGUGGGCUGGCUUUACAUAUGGAUUUGCACUAGCAUGGUACAACGUCUACAACGCCACCACCUCGUCUAUUCUUGCCGAAGCCCCCUACAACUUCUCUGCAGCCACCGUAGGUCUUUCGUAUGUCGCGCCCCUGAUUGGCACACUGAUCGCGGGUGUCAUUUGCGGCCCUGUCGCCGACUGGUUGACUUUGAAAUUGGCGCGCCGCUCCAAGGGUCUCCGUGAACCCGAACAGCGCCUGUGGGGUUUGCUGAUAUACUGCAUUCUGAUGCCUGCUGGUCUUCUGAUCUGGGGCCUUGGCGCAUACUACCACCUUCACUGGGCUGUUUUGCUCUUUGGUGGCAUUCUGUGCGGCUACUGCAAUGUUGCCGGUGGCAGUUAUGCUCUUGCAUAUGCAGUGGACUGCUUCAAGGAACUAGCCGGCGAGACUAUUGUUUCGGUGAUACUGUGCCGGAACACCAUCAGCUUUGCCUUUAACUAUGCCAUCACUCCGUGGAUCGCUGCGCAGGGGCUUCUCAAGACGUUUGUCGCCGUUGCCGUUCUCUCGUCUGGCUUUGGGUUUACCUUUCUGCUCAUGGAAUGGAAGGGGAAAGCCCUGAGGGCCAAGUGUGCCGAGAGGUACUGGAAGUAUGUCGAUACACAGGUCGUACGACAUGGAUGA